UUAUAUCGGGCGAAUACCAUUCCUUUUAUAGAUGUAGCAGAUUUUACAUCUCUAGAGCGAAGCUGAUUUAUCCAUUUUCUAUUGCAGCAUGAAGCCUAGACGUCUUAAGCGUCGAUGCAACUUUUCGGUGAUUGGAACUUAACGAGGAAUUAAUUACACCAGAUUGAACAACAAGAGAAUAAAGUGAAAAUGAGGCCGGCUGUUUAUGCUAGUGUUAUGCGAAACCGAAAAAGUGGGGUAAGACGGGUGUAUCCAACGCCUCACCGGUUUUCGUGGCAACGAUUUUUUGUGAUGUUAUUUGUUGGUGCUGUGUUAUUCAUACCUGGACUUAUUGUGACUAUAAUAGGAAUAGAAUAUAAUGAUAAUUUGGAUGAAAUUCCCGGGGAUAGAGUAUUGUAUAAAUUUAUUGGACCUGCGAGUUUGGCUUGUGGGGUAUGUUUGAUGUGUGCUUCAGGGAUAUACUAUUGUUGUUGGGGUGUGCAAAGCCCCGUUACCACAAAUCGGACACGUAAACAUAAGAAAACCAAAGAGCAGACAGAACAAUGCGAUCCUCUACAGGCACCAGUUCCUACAAUUUCAAAUGAAAGGAACGCAAAAUCUCCGUAUUCAAGCAUUCGCUCACAGGGACAUUCUCCGAAUGGGCAAGAUGGACAUUCUUCAAGUGCCCCAAAUACACCGAAUCAAAGGUCAGCACGGCACGGCAAUGGACCGAAUAGAUACAGAUCCUCAUCGCAGUCAUCUACACAUUCCUCUCGUAAUCAUUCCCACCAAAAUUCACGCCAUAGAAACACAUCCCAUUCCCACCAUAGUCACCAUUCCCAUAACUCCCAUAAUAGUCCCAUAUCUCACCGUCGCACGUCACCACAACCAAUGAAAGACAAUCAAGUGCCCUUUGUACACACGUCAGCACCGUUGGCACAAGGAGAAACAGGUUCUAUGGACAUUUCUGUCGACAUCGACAACGUAGAGGAUGAAAAGAAAUAUUGACCAGGCGGAAAUUUUCUGGACCAAGUCAUUUCGCCGUUGCUCAAGCAUCAUGAUUAGCGUAGACACAUAAAGAAAACAAUCCAUAUAUGAAGCUUACACAACUGAUUUGUUGUUGGGAUCAUAUUUAAAAAAAACUUGAAAGACAGUUAAGGAAGAAACAAAUAUCUUGUUCCAUUAAAAACUCAGUUAGACAGACUAUAAGCGCUAAUUUUGAAACGUUCUCACCCAAAAGAUGAAAUUAAUCGUGGAUGUACAUUUGUAUAAUUAUGUAUUAACCUAUUAAAUGCACAAAAGAUUGAUUCGAUAUUGUGAUAAAUACUAGGAUAAUUUCGCAUUUGAGAAAAAAAUGUUGGUUCUAAAUGUUGGACUGGUUUCGAAGCGAAUAGUUGUUUUAUUACUGAACCUUUACAUUGAAUGGUAUGUGUCAUAAUGAACACAAAGUGAUAAAUAUAUAUGUGCAUGCUGUCUAGUCAGCGUAAGUGUUUGUUGGAAACUGAUCGCCACAGACAUCAUCUACUAGAAACUUACACCAAUAUCUUUAAAAAACGGCAUAUUCAUAGACCUGCGAAAGUUACUCAACCGCGUCUAUUAUUCAAACGAAAAAAGCGAUUACGUAAGCAUUCACAGAAAAUGGUCCUAACGAUCGCAUGCUUUUAUCAACAUCCAAGCAAACUUAAGAACGUUUCAUUAAUUUUCGAAGAAAACUUUCAUCUGCCAUGCAUGCUAUUGGAACAAUUUCAUGACAAAAUGAUAUGAAAUAUCGGACAACAUAUAUUCCAUGUAGACAUAACAUAUUAAGUAUAUUACCUGACUGAGUUUAAGGUAACGGGUCGUAUUCAGUAAGUCGUGUCUGAAGUUUUACUGAGCUCGUCGUAAUAAGAAACUGGAAAUGAAGCCUUAUUUCAUGCAGCAUUUUGAAGAAUGAUGAAUAAUUUUCAACAGAAAUUUGUUUAGCGGUCGGUUGUUUGACAUGUAAUUUUGACAUUUUUAUAUACCAGGGUGUUUUCAUAGAAAAAGUUAACACCUUGGCUUUAGAAUAAAGACAUACUCUUAAAUGAAAUACAAAAUUCUUCAAAUUUGAUUAUAACCAGGCAUCUACUUGAAACUGACAUCGGGUCUCAAAGUUCAAAUUUCGCUGCGACUACAUUCAAUUAGCAAUGGAUUUACCAGGCAUGACUCUGCAUCGCAGUGUUAAUAAUUAAUACCAAAAACAUUAUGUAAUCAGUUAUAGAUCUGGUGACUGGUAAUCAAUAAACGCACGGGUAAAAGCAUUUUAAAGAAAUUUGAAACCGCGCCUUAAUAAUAACCAAUAACGCAGUACCCGACUGGAGGAUUAAAUCUUUUUAAGUUGGAUGACAUUUGAACGGGAGGAUACAUGAAACAAUUGUGACCUGGUUCCUUUUUUAUCUCUACUGAUAUUUUUGAUACAGAUGUAACUUGAUCUGACCUGUGAAAAAUAGAUUAUGAUGCAGAUUUAAAACAAUUCGAUUUUUUCAUUAAACUUUAAUAGCAGAUUUUGAAAGAAAUCGAGUGUAAAUCUGCAGCCACGAAACAGUGUAAUACAUAUUUUCGAAAGAAUAUAAUGAAACAAUAGAUGAUGGCCUGAAUUACGCUAGAAUCAUCAAGACUCUUUCAAAUAUUGGCUACUUUUAAAAGUAUUUCUUGGAUAGUGUAAUAUUAAUCAAUGUCAAAUUGAUAUAAUUACACGGUGUAUAUUGGGAGCUCAUUGGCAUGGUAUGUUAUUAUUUUUCAAGCCUUCCCAACUGGAGAGCUGAACUAAACUUCCUAACCUCAAUGUUCCAAGUUAGAAUUCAGUUGACGUACAGUUCAAACUGCAUGUUAAAAUGGAAUGUUUUCAGUCAAAAUUUAAUCUGUGCUGAAAAAACUUUAUUAAUUAGUAAGAAACAUUGUGAAUGUAAUGCAUUCUUUCAUUUAUACACUCAGUUCCAAAAGAAAGUGUGCACUUAGUUUUCUGUUAUUUUUUUUUCGGUUAUUUUCAUGAAAACUUAUAAUGUUUGGUACCAAAAUUUAAAUUAGUUCGUAAACAAAUUGGUGGGCAUUUUAGAUUUUGAGUUAUACCAGAGAGUUAGUGUAUGAAAAAAUGAAACAAAAACGUCAGGGGAAUUUUUUGAAAUAUUUAAACUUAAAAAAGUGCACACUUUCUUUUGGAACUGUGUAUAGUGUGAAAAAUACUAAAAAUGCACUAUGGGCCUCCUCGGCCGAGUUAUUAGUCACAAUCAUUUGCCCCUCACGGAUAUGGGCAUGGGCCUCGCUCGGAGCGUUGGAUUCAUCAUGUGAGGAAGCUAUCCGACUAUCUUACUGAAGGUCUGUGGUUCUACCAAUGUGUCCGCCUGCGACGAAUAAUGCACAUAGAGCACCUGGGGUCUUCCUCCUGGGAACUUCCCUUGUAGUCACAUAUUUAAUGAUGAGUAUUUUUAUUUGAAUGUCAAUGUUCUCAGUAAAUAUAUCAAUAAUAUAUUAUACAAAACACAAUAUUAAAAUUUCAGCUUAACUAGUGGAUCUUGGGAAUUUUCAGAAACGCUUUUCAGUGUUUCCCACCCGACUAGAGGUGUACUGGUCAGGAACCCUAGCAAUCCUUGCGUGUAUCUGUGCUAUACACUGGGCACAUUAAAGAACCAGGCUGUCUCUUCGCAACGAGCUAGGCCUAAGUUAGCUGGACAAGCCUAUAUCUGAUUUCUGAUCUCUCUGUCGUGGGGGCUUUGUCUCACUCUGUCCCUCUGGUCAGAUCGCUCUGUGUCUGUACUAGUAGAGGAUGAAUUAUGCGCCCUGUGUGGCUGCAUUUGAACUAUGUAAAGCGCCUUUGAACGUGAAAUUGAUCAUGAAAAGGGCGCUAUAUAAAUCUGGUAUAAUAAUAAUAAUAAUAAUAAUAAUAAUAAUAAUAAUUAUCUGAAUUUAUCUAUAAGACUGGAUAACAUGUUCAUAUGUCGUACAGUAUGCACGUAUUUGACAACUACUUCUCAGUCAGAUAAGUUCUUCCAGCAAUAAUCCAAUUAUAGCUGGGGAUUAUACAUUUACCACCGAUGGCUUAAUAGCAGGUGGAGUUAAAUAAGAAGCUGCUUCAGAAAAGUUUAAACUAUGUUUACAAAAGAUGAAAGUAAAAUCGGUCUUUAUCAAUAUAUGUCAACAAGAACCUUUUGGUUUUUAAUUGUUUUUUAUGAUUAAAAAAUUAGGUUCUAUCUCCAGGUAAUGUAUACUUAAAUCUUCAAUGCUUUGUUAUAUCCUCUGCUUGCAAAUCUUUUUUUAUCAAUUUUUUUUUCUGGGUGGGGAGGGAGUGAGGGAGUGGGUUAACGCAGUACCGAUACAAAUAUAGGUCAUAAGGCGACUAUACAGCUUUGAUGUUGGAGGAAGACCUGAGGUACCCCUUCGUCAUUAUUUCAUCAUGAGCGGGCACCUAGGUUUAACCGUCGACCUUCCGUAAGCCAGCUGGUUGGCUACCUCACAUAAAGAAUUCAACGCCCAGAGUGAGGCUCGAACCCGCAUCUGUUAGGGGCAAAUGAAUAAAAGUCAGCGACCUUAAUCUCUCCGCCACGGAGUCCUCUUCUGAAUGCAUAGGAAUGCUCGGUCUUUAUUAACAAAAUUAGCGUAAUAAUAUUUUGCGAUAUUUAUGCUCCCGGAAUGGCGAGCAUAUAGUUGCCACUUUGUCCGUCCUCCCGUCCGUCUGUCUGGCCGUCACACUUUUGUCCGGAGUAUAACUUGAAAAAUAUUAAUGGCAUUUGAUUGAAACUUCAUAUAAUCAUAGAGGCCAUUGAGACAAAGUGCAGUGUCAAAGAAUCAUAACUCUAUCUUACCUGGUUUUUAAAUUAUCUCCCUUUAUUAUACAAAAUAAGGCUUAUCCAGAGCAUUUCUUGAAAAGUAUAAAUGGCAUUUCAUUGAAACUUCAAAAAAUGAUAGAGACCAUUAAUGGAAAGUGCAGUGUCAUAGAACCAUAACUCUACUUUAUCUAGUUUUUGAAUUAUCUCCCUUUAUUAUACAAUUUUGGCUAGUUCGGAAUAUAACUUGAAAACUAUUAAUGGCAUUUGAUUGAAACUUCCCAAAAUCAUAGAGGCCAUUGAGACAAAGUGCAGUGUUAAAGAAUCAUAACUCUAACUUACCUACUUUUUGGAUUUUCUCCCUUUACAAAAUAAGGUUUGUCCAGAAUAUUUCUUGAAAAAUAUUAACGGCAUUUCAUUGAAACUUCACAAAAUGAUAAGACCAUCGACGGGAAGUGCAGUGUCAAAGAACCAUAACUCUUCUUUGCCCAGUUUUUGAAUUACCUCCCUUUAUUAAGCAAAAUAAGGCUUGUCUGGAGUAUAACUUGAAAAGUAUUAAUGACAUUUGAUUGAAACUUCACAUAAUCAUGGUCAUUGAGACAAAGUACAGUGUUAAAGAAUCAUAAAUCUACCUUACCUAGUUUUUGAAUUAUCUCCCUUUAUUAUACAAAAUAAGGCUUGUCCGGAGAAUUAUUUGAACUUCACAAAAUGAUAGAGGCCAUUGACGGGAAGUGCAGUGUCAAAGAACCAUAACUCUACUAUACCUACUUUUGAAUUAUCUACCUCAAGCAUAUGCAUCGGGGAGCAUCAUUCGGUUUUACUGAUUCUUUUUUUUUAUUUCGAAGCGAGCGUACUUCUAAAGCCUGUAACAUUGUUAAUAUUCAGUAUUUUCACAAGAAAGGUCGUACGAUAUAAAAAAAGAAAACUUUUAGAUAUAAGGAAAGUAUUGCUUUAUUUUUUUAAGGGUUUGAAACUUAGACACUGGCAGAUUAUAUGUUAUAGAAACACAUGGGAAUUAUGUGUUUUUACUAAUUUUUCAUUUCAAACUGAAAAGCAUUGUAACGUCGUACCGGAAAAUUGCAUUAAUAAUAAACGUUAUAUCUAACGGUUCUUUCGUGGUGGAAAGUAGGAAGGCUUUUAUUGCCAAGGCGAGGUGUGUUUUUUUCUUGAUUUCGCAUUUUUAAGAAAGUUUAGUAACAAAACCUCAUGUCCUAAUGUUCUUAACUCAUUUUAAAGAAAGAUCUUGUUUGUUUGUUUGUUGUUUUUUUUUUUGUUGUUUUUUUUUUUUUUGCUAAAAUCUGGACUCCAGUCCCUCAAUGAGAUAGUUUCAGUACCUGUAUAUUAUAUAGAACAAUGUCAUUUCCCUGCUAUCUGGAACUCGCGAGUAAAUUUGUGAGGUGACCAAUUAGAAAUGAUUAUGAUGAGUUGAUAAGUGUGACAGCCUACCCUAUCCUAGAGCUCCAGCAUGGAAAUACUCACUCUGAAGUCUCGCCUAUCACACAUUCAUUUUGUAUCUUGUUGUAGUGUGCAUGGUAUUUGAUUAUAUGUCAAUACAACUAAAAAAUAUGUUUCAUUUUAGUUGUUUAAGUAUUUAAGUACUAAAUUAUUUUUCUUUACUUUUAGUAAGAUAAUAAUACUUACAUACUUGUUCAACAAAGAGCUGUUUGGUUUGAUAAAUCCAUACGAGCGACUUUCAUGACUUAUUCUAAUUAUACAUAAGCCACAUAUAAAUCAUGUACUCAUUUACAGACUUUUAAAGUUGCGUGUAAAGUAUGUAAAUAUAUCAAACACAAAAUCCACUGGCAUAUGAACAUGUUCACUUACUUUGAUUUCAGCAUCUCUUGUUUAAAUUCCUUGUGCCGUUAUGUUAUAUGUAUCUAGAUAUCUCAUUUCAUUUAGCAGGACUCGUGAAAGAAUUACAUUUCAUGAAAAUCUUAUUGUUUUGUUGUUGUAAGUGUUAUAAUAUUUCAGCACAUUAAAACGUUUAACUAUGAGUUCAACUGUUCAUUUUCAACUGUAUUCGUUUAUUUGCUGUUCAAAACAAAUAUUCGAUUUGCAAAAACUGACACAAAACUGAAAAGGUAUACGCGUUCGAAGUAUCAAUUGAUAUAUGAACAUGCUGACUUAACUUUGUUCUCAAUAGCUCAUGUAUAAACGCCUUAAACCGUUUUGUUGUUUAUAUCUAGUUAUUUUAUUUGAAUGGACUCGUGAAUUAUUCUUCAUCCAAAGCUUAUUUUAUUGUAGGUAUAUCAUUUGUUUAGUAUUUCAACACAUUAAGAUGUUUGUACAUUUACAGCUAUAUACUGGUGAUAUAAAACGAACGAAAAUUAUUUGUUGUUCAAAAACAAUAUUCAGUAAGCAAACACUGGUAAAAAUUGGAUAAUUUAUUUUACUUUAUUAACAGCAUGACAUGUAAUAAAGGCUUAUAUUGUUCGGUUUUAUAUGCAUAUUUCAUUUUAAUCCAAAGGUUAAUUUAUUGUAGUUAUGUCUUUUUAUUUCAGCAAAUUUAAAUGUAUGCUAAUGAGCCGAGCUAUUCAUUAACAACCGUAAACUAGUAAAUAAACACGGAAGAAAUAUUUUGUUGUUCAAAACCAAUAUAAGAAAUAGAGAGGUGGUUAGUCAUUGCAAUUGGCUUCCCGAGUAAAAAGUUUUCGCAGCGAGAUUUAUUUCCCCCUUUUCAGUUACCAAACAGUAAGUGGGUUAUCUUUAUUUAAUCUCGUCUAGCUAGUCCGUCUUGGAUAAAAGUCGGUCUUCAAGAUAAUCACAUAAUGCUGAUUGUAAUUUACUUUAUGUACGUUAAACGAAAACUCAAAUACUGAUUUCUUUCCUACACUUGUUAAGUAUACCAAAUUUCUGUUACAUACGUUACAUUUUGAGCAUGGCAUUUCAUGGUUAUUUUUCCGUUGAUCGAACUUUUUCUUGCGCUGUUGAUUGAUUUCUUUCAUGUAUUCAAUAGAUUUUAUAUGAAAAGGUUCAUUUCAGUAUAGGAAAACUUUUCUAUGAAAUAAUGUCAUUGAAUAGUACAAACAUAUACAUAUAUAUAUAAAUGUUGAAUUCCUGUACAGUUAUGCAAGUUUGAUGUUGAUGAAACAUAUUCACGUUCCAUAUUAUAAGAUUAUUUCAGAUAUUGACGCAAAAUAAAAUUUUCUAUUCAUUUUUGUAUUUUUUAUUUGUGUUUUCUAAUGUUAAACUAAAUUCUAUUUAUUACGAUUCAGAAUGCAUUGUCGUGUUGGUGUUUAAGGUAUCGUAUCCUAAGUUCAGUGACAAUUUCCUGAUCACUACUAUGAAUAGAAGUUCAAAGUCUGAAGAAGUUAGCAUUAAAUGAAUAUCACAAAAAAUGAGCGAAAAAAGCAGUUUUUUUCCUACUCAAAUAACAUUGAUUAAAUAGUAAUAAUAUCUUUCAUUAACUUCCAAGCCUUCAGACAAGGUGCGUACUUUUUGAAAUCCAAGAAAGUUUGGUUUUAUCACCAUUUCAUACAGGUAUUUAGUAAAUACAUUAUUAGAGAAUGUGGCAGCAGUGUUACCAAGCAUGUAACGGUUUAAUAUCAUUUUACAAAUUCCGUUGAAUUUUCAGUAUGAAAUUAAAAUUAAAAAUAACUUUACGAUGAUCUUUUAAGAAGUAAAUUUGCUUCAAAGCCGUUACAUCUGGUAAUUAUGUAAGAAAAACAAGGACAAGGACCCAUUUUGAAUACCCUAAUGUAAAUGUUACGGACAAUAGUGUAUAUGCAUUUUCAAAAGCUUAAGAAUUCUUGAUUUGACCAACUGUGUUUUUACUCGUUAGAUAUUAUUUUGUUGAAAUGUAUACUUUUUCUUAUAAACGAUGUUAUCACCUUUUAUGAUCUAGUGUUAAAUUUGUGUUUCUUAACUGAUGUUGACAUAAGUAGAGUGUUAUUGUUACGAACUGUUCUGUUUAUUGAUGUUUGAAUAUGUUAUUAAAUGUGGUUAUGAAAUGAUUGCAUAUAAACGUAUAAACUGUA